AUGGUGAAGAAGAUACACGAAAAUAAGCGCAAUGAGAAGCUUUUUAGAAAAAUGUUGAAAGUGCUAAAACAGCAGUUACCUGCUGAGGAUAUUGAAAAUGCAAAGCUUUACACUGCUAAGGAAUUGAGCAACGCCUUUUAUGAAUUCAUCAACAAUGGAACACUUUUUGAUCAUGUGCAAAACAAAACCAAGGCCUCGGUUCUAUGCUGGGAUACUCGUUUGAGGAUAGCCAUAGAAACUGCAGGGGCGCUUUCAUAUUUGCAUUCUGCUACUUCUCCUCCUAUUGUUGAUCUAGACAUGAAGUCGGUCAACAUACUCCUAGAUGAUAAAUACACAGCGAAAGUGUCAGACUUUGGAACAUCAAGAUUGGUACCCAUGAUUUAA